CAGGAGCAAGGCCGAUUGGGAACAAUGGCAACUGCCCCUGGCCUGCAAUCUCCACCACCGCUGGAGCAAGAUCGGGAGCAGGACGAAUACCUGAUCGUGAAGGUCGAGGAGGACUUCUGCUGGGAAGAGGAGCCCUUCCUGGAGAUGGAAUACCCCAGCCCCGAGACCUUCCACCAGCUCUUCUGGCUCUUCUGCUGCUAGGAGGUCGCUGGACCCCAGGAGGCCCUGAGCUGCCUCUGGGAGCUCUGCUGCCGCUGGCUGCAGCCGGAGCUGCGCACCAAGGAGCAGAUCUUGGAACUGCUGGUGCUGGAGCAGUUCCUGACAGUGCUGCUGGGGGAGAUCCAGGGCUGGGUGCACGAGCAGCACCCGGAGAGUGGUGAGGAGGCCGUGGUCCUCGUGGAAGGGCUGCAGCGGGACCCCAGGAAACAGAGGCAGUGGGGCUCAGAGGUGCUCUCUGACGACGUGGUGUCCCUUGGGACAGGGAGACAGUCCUUGGAACACCAGGCGGAAGCUCAGCCAGAGAAACUCUCCCUAGAGGAAGGGGCUCGAUGCUCCAGUCAGCUACCCCCAGCCCAGGCUCACCACAGACUAAAAAGUGGCCCCCUGCUCUGGCCAAAGAGGGUGAGCCCACCAGCCUCCCAGGGUCAGAAGAUGGUAGCAUCUUCUUCCUUCUUUUCAGCUUGGCCCUAGGUGCCAGUGACCUUGGAGGACGUGGCUGUGUACCUGUCCAGGGAAGAGUGGGGAUGCCAGGACCCAGCUCAGCAGGACCGCGGUUGGGACGUGCUGCCAGAGAAUGAAGGGCAUAGGACCCAACUGGAGGGUGACAGCGACACCUUGGAGGACACACCAAGGAGAACGGAGUGGCGCAAGGUGCUGUUGGGGCAGUGUUGGGAGUCCAGCCACCCCAGGCCUGAGCAGCCACAUGGCUGCUCCCCACUGGACAGAGCAGGGCCCCAUGGGGUCAACAAGCCAUACAUGUGCCCUGAAUGUGGCAAAGGCUUUAGCAAAAUGUCCCACUUGACCAAGCACCAGUGCACGCACACCGGGGAGCGGCCAUAAAAGUGCCUGGUGUGUGGGAAGGGCUUCAGUGACCACUCCAACGUCAGCAUGCACCAGCAGGUGCACACAGGCAAGAAGCCCUACCUCCCCGAGUGUGACAAGCACUUCAGCCAGAGCUCCAGCCUGGUCAUCCACCACAGGAUGCACACCGGGGUGCAGCCCUACUUGUGCGCCCAGUGCGGCAAGAGCUUCAACAACAGCUCCCAUUUCAGUGCCCACCGCAGGACGCACACGGGUGAGAAGCCCUAUGCCUGCCCAGCCUGUGGCAGGGGCUUCUGCCACGGCAUCGACCUACACAAGUACCAGUGGACCCACACUGGGGACAGUGUGCCCCCCAGGCACCAGCUGGCAGCACCCCAGAGGCUGCAGGGGGCCCCUGGUGCCAAAGCCUGA